AUGUUGUCCAAGCAGAUUUACCUCCUUCUGUGGGUGCUUUUUGUACACCUGGCGGGGAUUUAUCUCUUUACAAAAGGCUUUCUCCUCAAUCGUCUAUCGCUUUCAGACUCGAGCAUCUGCUCGCACGAUGUCUGCACAUCUCUCGCUACCCAUAAAAAAGCUAUAUUGCUCGUUAUAGACGCCCUUCGGUUCGAUUUCAUCUCCAAUGAUCCUCCACACCCAGCUUCUCCAUACCACCACAAUAUCUUAACGCUUCCACGCGAGCUCACAGAACAACAUCCAGAACGAUCUUUUAUAUUCAAUGCUUACGCAGAUCCCCCGACGACAACUUUACAGCGGAUCAAGGGCCUCACUACCGGCUCUCUGCCCACCUUCGUGGAUAUUGGCUCCAGCUUUGGCGGAUCUGCUAUCGAGGAAGAUUCGCUCAUACAUCAGUUGCAAGUUGCAGGUAGAAAGAUUGCUUUCAUGGGCGACGACACGUGGACUACUGUUUUCCCGGAUAUUUUUGAAUCCAACAUGUCUUUUCCAUACGACUCUUUCAAUGUUGAAGAUCUUCAUACGGUAGAUGAGGGUGUCGUCAUGCACUUACUUCCCUUACUAAGUGAUCGCACCUUGUCUUGGGAUUUUGCGAUUGCUCAUGGCCUAGGUGUUGAUCAUGCUGGCCACCGCGUUGGACCUGACCACCCUACUAUGAGAGCUAAAUUGGCACAGAUGAACGACUUGUUGAUUCGCGUUGUUGAUCUUCUGGAAGACGAUACACUCCUUGUUGUCAUAGGAGAUCAUGGAAUGGACAGGACAGGAAAUCACGGCGGAGACAGCGUCUUAGAGACAAUGUCUGCGGUUUGGAUCUAUAGCAAAGGACCAAUACUUUCAGGGCGCACCUCUUCGAUACCACAAACCAUCUUGCCCAACAUCGUUUUCCCAGGAGCUUCAGUUCCUCACCGCCUUAUUCAACAAGUUGAUAUAGUGCCAUCAUUAUCUUUGCUUCUCGGGCUGCCAAUACCAUUCAACAACCUUGGGAGUAUCAUUCCUGAAUUAUUUGAUCGAGACACCGAACACUACAUACUAGAACAAGCUUUGGAUGCCAAUGCUGUACAGAUCCAAAAAUAUACCGAAACCUACCGUGCAACGUCCUCUGGUAAGGAGUUAGACGCCGCUUGGCUCGACUUUCAGAGCGCGUGGGCUGCAUCUCAAUCAACUUCGUCCGAGGAGCGGGUGGCUUCUUUGUUCGACUAUAACCGUCUUGUACUGUCUUCAUGCCGUGUGCUUUGGGCGCAAUUCAACAGUAUUUUAAUCGGUUGCGGACUAGCUGUGAUUAUCGCCGGCGUGCUAGCUGGCCUUGUCCUUUAUCUAGGUCUCAACUACUCUGAUAAACCCGAACAGUGGCUUAGUGAUCAGUUAUCAAGAUGCUUGUUUGGCAUAGUAGGUGGUGCAGUCGCAGGAACGGCUGUGUAUUUCCUCCUUAAGAGCCGAGUCGAAGGAAUUGGUGCAAGUCACUCGAUAAUUUUCAGCAGCGCAUUUAUAUCGUCUCUCGUGAUCAUCAUCUCUUCCUACGCAUCAUUUUCUUUCAAUGCGCUGAAAUCGAUAUCUCUUCCUCUCGUCUUGCACGCACUAUGCUUUGCCUCAAACUCAUUCACAAUCUGGGAGGAUAGACUUGUUCUCUAUCUCCUGUUAACGUCCAUGGUUCCCAGUGUUUUGACCGGAUUCACCGCUCCGACUCCUCGCCUUCGUUAUCGCAUCCUGGGUUACUCUGCUGUUUUCGCGAUUUGCGUCCGGCUUAUGGCUAUGAGCACUGUGUGCAGAGAAGAACAACAAAUACACUGUCUUGUCUCUUUCUAUUCCUCAUCCUCGUCCUCAGCUCCCCAUUUGCUCCCCCUUUUCCUAGCCCUCCCUACGUCCUUUGCCUUGCCUAGAAUAAUGAAGAAAAUAUUGAGCACUUCGAAGUCAGAUGGGUGUCUCGCCGCCUUUUUCUUGCCGUAUUUCCUAACUCCAGCACUUGUAGCUGGAAGCUUAUUCUGGAUGCUUGAAUGGGCCCAAUCAGCAGAUCUUUUUGAUGAACUCGCUGGUGAUAAUCUGAGGGUCAUCAGGACUAUCAUGGCUAGAGGUGUAAUCGUGGGCAUGGCGGUCGUUGGCCUGGCAGUCUGGAGAGUCGUCCCGGUGUGCCUCGAAAUACAACGGGACCAACAAGUGGACACUGAGACUAAAGGGACAACCCACGAUCAGGAUGAAAAGAAACAAGUCACUGUCCUGGGUUUUGCAAAUGCAUUUGGUUCACCUUACCUCAUAUUUUGGUCUAUCUUUUUAGCUCUCGUUUGGGCUACGACACAAUUGACAGGCCAGAUAAUACUCGGAUUGACAACCAUCGCGCUGUUGGCUUACCUAGAGGUUGCCGACGGCGUUCGAGAUGUGGUUGGUUUGAAUGCUGCCUUUACAUCCGGAAAUCCUUCCAGUAUCUCAGAUUUGGAUUUGUCACACAUCAGGGUUCCACUCACGUUCUCUAAAAUUGUGCCGCUUGCCCUUCUGGGUAUUCACGCAUUCCAUGGGACCGGGCACCAACCUACGAUCCCUUCUAUGCAAUGGAAAACUGCGUUUGUGCUUGCAAAAAACGUAGUAUUCCCUUUUUCGCAGGCUACCGUAAUACUGAAUACUCUUGGCCCACACUUCCUCCUCGCACUCGCAUCUCCUCUGCUUGUCCUAUGGAACCUUCCCCCCUUACCACCUCCAUCGUUAUCAAUACCUUCUCUGCGAGCAGCCCUAGGUAUAUCAUUGUACUAUUCUACACUUCUGUUGGGGAGUGCAGGAAGUGCUGCUGCGCUACGGAGGCACCUAAUGGUAUGGAAGAUAUUCGCGCCCAGGUACAUGUUCGCUGCGGUUUCGCUAAUAGCCAUCGACCUUGGUGCCUUGAUUGGCGUGGUCAUCGGAGUGGAUAGGAUCCGAGAACGGAUAACUAAAAUAUUUCAGGCCAUUGCAUGA